AUGAAAGUGCUAAGCAGCUGUAAUACUUCAAAGACACUGAAUGCUGGGAACAUGGAGAGUCUGAUUGAGUGCCAGUCAGAGGCUGAUGCCAAGAAAUGCCCCCCGCUGGUCCCAGCAGAUACUGAAGAUGGACUUUGCCACUCGGCUGCAGAUGGAACAAAGAAAAGAAAGAAGGUGAUGUCGCAGUCAUUUACCCUGAGACGAAGCUCUACCAACAGGAAUUCCUCAGGGCAACUAGACUUGGGUGCCAGAAUCGCUCUGUUUGGCCAGCCUCUGGCACUUAUCUGUGGGGAAGAUGACACACUGCCCCAGCAGGUCCAGGAUCUCCUAGCUAUAUUGUAUAUGAAAGGACCUUCCACUGAAGGGAUAUUCAGAAAGGCUGCCAAUGAGAAAGCACGCAAGGAGUUAAAAGAGGACCUAAACAAAGGCAGGAAUGUUGAUUUGAAAAGCAAAUCUGUGCACCUGCUGGCAGUGGCCUUGAAGGACUUCCUUCGAAAUAUUCCCUCCAAACUCCUGUUGGCUGACCUCUAUGAGUUGUGGAUGCAAGCUCUGGAGAAGCCAACCCAGCAGGAAAAAAUUGAAGAAUUGAAAGAGGUGGCUGACAAACUGCCUAGGCCAAACCUUGUCUUGCUCAAGAACUUGCUGGCUUUGCUCCACCACAUCAGCCAAAAUGCCAAGACCAACAGGAUGGACUCCAGCAACCUGGCCAUCUGCGUUGGCCCAAAUAUGCUGAGCCCAGAGACAGACAAUGCGCUCCCGCUGGAAGCGCAGAAGGAGAUGAACGACAAGGUGACAGUGUUGGUGGAGUUCCUCAUAAACAACUGCUCAGAAAUAUUUGGGGAGGACAUUGCCUUGCCUGUCUGUGCCCUGGCUGAGGAGUCACUGGAGUACACAGACAGCUCCACAGAACACCUGUGUGCUGCUCAUCAGAAUGACUCUGCCUAUGACAGCCCAGAUCCUGAAGCUGAAGGCAGCCCCCGCACUUCUCAGAUGGAGCAGCCCAAAGGGAGAAACACUAGUGUGAGCAGAAGACAUCCAAUAUGCAUCUCUGCCCAGUCACUGACUAAUUUCAGAAAUGACAUCAGCACGAUGGACAGGAGGUACUCAGAGCCAGACCUGUCCUUCCAGAACCGCCUUGAAGGCAGGAUAAGGAAACAGAAGCUAAACAAAAGUGAGGACAAUUUUCCAGUUCAGCAGAAACAGCUAGGGUUGGAGGCACUGGAGAGACGGCUUGCAAUCUUACCUUCACAAUUAUCAACUGACUCUCUACCCAAAACAUCCUCCAGUUGCUCCCUGGAGAGCUCUGAUGGCUCAGUCUUCACCAACUCCCCAGUAGUUUCACCCUCUAGUCCCAAAAAAACCUUUUUAAAUAGGCCCCAGUCCUUUUCCACCAAGGCCGCCGAAGACUGCAGUACAUCUAGCAGAGAGAUCAAAAGGCAUUCCAUGUCGUUCUCUUUUGCAAACCACAGGAAAACACUAAUAAAAACCCAGAGUUGGGGGCCUGGAAAAAACAUCUUUUUUCAGAGAGACAGUUUCAUAAAGAAAGAAGAUCAGUUCUCCAGCAGAGUUGUCCAGUUGAGCAGCCUUGAUGAUGACAAACCAUUGCCUGUGGUGCAUCAGCAAAGGCCCCGUUUCAGGUCAGCUGAUGAAGUGUUCAGAGAGGUAGACCAGAGGAAUCCCGGAAGGCCACCCUCUUAUGAAGAGGCUACUAAAACCUGCCUGGCCACUAAAGGUUUCUCCCACAAUCUCACAGUUCAAACUAUGAGAUUCAAGGUGUCAAACCAGGAUGCUUUGCCACCUCAUCCAUGCAGCAGCUGUGCACAGGACACAGGAUGUACGGCUCUAAUGGACCUACCCAGUGGCAGAGUUUCUGCAACAAAGGAUUCUGAAGUGGAAACUGAAACCCUCAGCAUCACUGUGGGAAUAAACUCCCGUGUGAGUUUACCCGUGACCCCGGGAGUCUAUCGAUUGAGAGCCAUGUCUGAAUCCUGUCAGAAGAACAAACUUGAGUAUGUGGCUCGGAGGUGCAGCCAGCCAGUUUUUGAGGUAGACCAGAUCCAGUAUGCUAAGGAAUCCUAUGUUUAA